AUGGAAUUGGCGGAGCCCUGGGGGCGAUUCACGCUCGUCUCCAAGGAUGUAGCCGAUGAUAAUGAUCACAUUUACUUUCGGAAUGAAGUAACGACGAUCGGUCGGAACAAGCGUCGCUGCGAUUUUGUAAUUGAAAAACUUUUCAUUAGUAGUGUGCAUUGCGUGGUAAAAUUAGAUGGCACAGGUGUCAACGGAAAACGAAUUGUUAUAAUCGAGGACAACAGUCGCAACGGUAUUUGGGUUAAUGCAGACCGCGUUGGCAAAGGAGCUUCAGUGACGUUGGAUAGCGGGUAUACGAUUCAUUUCACUAAGCCUGGCUCGACACCGGCAGGAGUGACUCCGAUGGCGUAUAAGUUUGAGUUUUUGAACUUUCAUGAUUCUCGCCUUCCACGAAGAAAAGAAAUUGGAGUACGAGAAGACAUGAUUGACAUGACCACUGCCGCAGAGGAAGUUUUUGAGGCCACUCAGCUGACAACUCCGUUAGAUCUGCCAUCGUCGUUAGGAAAGAAGCGAAAGCGUGAAGAGGAAAUCUCUGUACAUGCAAAUGUUGCCAUGCAAAAGCUAGACUCCAAAUCAAAGGAAAAGGAUACUCAAACUAGGACAAUACAAACCGAGCUUGAAACUGCGAUAAACCACACAGCUACGAUUGGACAGGAGCGGGAGCAAAGCAUGCAAGCUAAAGUGGACAAAAUCGUGCAAGAGAAUCUGGAUUUGAUGUCCAGACUGGAGGCAGCCACGACCGCGAACUUACAGUUGAAGACAGAAUUGACUGCUAAAGACAACAACAUAGCAAUUAGGAUCAAGGAGGCGGUAGAGAAAAGUAUGAAAGAUCUUCAAGGCGAAAACCAAGGUUUAAGAGAGGAGAUAGUCGUGAUAAAUGAAGCAAUAGAGGCAAGAAUAAUUGAGGCCGUCAACAAGAGAGUCGCAGCAGACGAGGAAAUCAAAGCUAACGACUUUGACAUUAAGCUGGCAGAAGCCAUCAUGAAGUAUAAAAAAAAGGUUGAAGCAGAAAAUUUUGAACAGCAGCGAGAAGUGAGUGAUAAGAUGUUGGCUUACGUUAAUGAAAAUGAAAAGCUGCUAGCUAUGCUCCGCUCAAAGAACGAAAAAUUGAUUGAAUACAAGGAUCAGAUAUCACGAUUAAAGGAGAAAGUCAACCAACUGGAAAAAAUGAACGACAAUAACAGAACGGGGAAACAUGAAGAGAAAAAUGGUAAUACUUUCUCUUUUAAAAACGAGAUUAAUGGCGGCGCUAUUCAUACUAAAACCGAUGCGACAAGGGAUGGAAAUUUGGAGAUUGUUGGGCUUGAGACUUCUGCUGAACAUAUAGUGAUUGCUCCCGAAAGCAAGACUUCUGAAUCUAUGAUCGCCACAGGUGCUGGCAAGCCCACCUGCGGUGCUAGUUAUAACGAGCGACAUGGAGCGCAAACUGCUCUUGUACCCUUAUGUAAAGAGGAUGAAACAAAUUGCAUUAACUACAAAGAAGAGCUUAAGGAGCAGCAAAAUUAUCAAAAUACUGUCUCAGCAACGAAGUCCACAACGGAGUCCUUAACAAGCGUUGCCAAAGAAAGUAUUACGUCAGGCGACGACAAAGAAUUGCUACAUGGUCGAUUAGCCAUUGCACUUAGCUUGUUUAGCCAAGUGCAAGUCCUUGGUCUGCAAGCUGCAUCUGUUGCUAGCACGACCUCGAUUUCGCUGUCGUCUACGUUUGACAAAGAAGCACAGCAGCAAACUGGAGAUGCUGUGAACGAUUCAUCGGUGAAUAAGCUCGAGAAGGCUUUAGCAAAGAAUACUGCGACCGAGACAGACGAUAUCCAUGACGAAACCGAUGAAGCUGCAGCAGAGACCAAGGCUUCGCCGUCCAAGUUAAAGUGCGCUGAGAAUACUGCAACUCAACAAAUAGUUUCUCUUUUAGCAAAAGAAAGGGCAAGCGUUUGCAUCGAUAAUCACAGCGAUGGCAUCGGCCAGCAAUAG